UUGAAAGGAGGGGUGUUGAACUUGAUACCAGAUGUCCAAUAUGUUGCAGACUUUUUGAAGAUGGUGGCCAUCUUUUUCUCCGCUGCAAAUGGGUUAAGAAGCUAUGGGCGGCCCUUGAGCUUGAAGCAGUUCGUGACAAGUUGUGCCAAUGAACGUAACAAGCAUAGACAUGGGGAAUGCAAAUUAGAUAUACCUGAACUCCAGUUCCUGAUCAUGCGGCAUGCUGAUGAAUGGCGUCUGUUGGCAAAAAAGGAAAAAGAUCUAAAAGUGGAAAAGAAGAUCAGAUGGAAGCCACCACCUGUAGACUGGGUAAAGAUAAAUAUAGAUGGCGCCUUCUCUGAAAGAUCAGGUUCAGGUGGAUGGGGUGUUAUAGCCAGAGAUGAUACCGGCGAUGCCAUCUUUGCCGCUGCCGGUGCCAUCCCAGCUAGCGUCGAAGCCUUACACUCGGAACUCGAUGGCCCUAGUUAA